GUGGGGGCAGACGAGGGAGGGCUACAGGUAAAAAGCUGAAACUAGUCAGACCGUGUGUGAAUUAAGAUCUGUGGUGCUUCUAUUUGGUGCUAGUCAGGAUGAAGUGGUGCGUCCUCCUCUUGGCCUUGCUGCAGUCUCUGGGCUGCUCAGGCUUCCCUUUGCCCAACUCCGAGCUGGCCUCUAUGUCAAACAGGGGUCUGGUGGUGGCUUUGGCAGAGGUCAACUCCAUUUACGCCGUCAGCCGUCUUUACCAAGUGACUCGCGGCUCCGUCACACGGGUCAUCCCUCUAGGUCAGGACACCUACGACCUGCUGAUGACCUUUGGCAUUAAGGAGACGGUGUGUCUGAAGAGCUCCGGAGAAGACCCCCAGAAAUGUGCCAUUCGACCGGGCUUCUUUGUGUCGUCGCCCGCGUGCUCCAGCCGCGUGCGUGUGUCGGCCCAGUCCGCCCUCGUGGUGUCCCUCAAAUGCGGCCAUGACAGCAGCUCCAGCGAGGAGUCCAGCGAGGAGAUAAUGUCUAGAGGGAGGCAGCAGUUCAUCAUCCCCCUAACUGUGAACAGAGACCCUGCUCCUUCUCGCCCCGAUACUGUGGUGGACCUGGCCUCUCCCCCGUCCGAACCCAGUCGCUCCAGCCAAAGACAGUCGGUGGGGAUCCGCUUCAGAGGAGACAGCUUCAACAACUAUCUAGAAUGAGGCCUUUGGACAACCUGAAGGACAGGGUGCAUUUAGGUCCACGAACUAAACUUGAAUAAAGGAGAGAGAAAAAAACAA